CGAAGCUCUUUAUAAAGAGCUGUAACAAAACUCCGGAAACAUUGCAGAAACCCCUCCCGAUCGUGAGACCAUUUCAGCCGAACGAUAGAUACAUUUCGAGCUUUCCGCUUCAGCUGCUCGCGCACCUUCCUGCAGUGGAACUGGGACAUUGCCGCGACCCGUCAUCGCGACCGCCCGCUGUGAGACCAAGUCGCCAUUUGAAUGCCGGAUCAACAGAACAACAACAUCUCGAGUAAUAAUAUACAAGCCAGCAAGCUGUCUCAGAAGAUAUUGUCGACUGGGACGAAGAGUAGCAGAAAAAAUAAUGGAACGGGGAAAGACAGUGGUGGAGGCGGGGUAUCGGUGACGAAGAAUAAACCGUUUGCUCAAUCUACUCGAGUUCAGUCACCAGAGAUGAAGCCAGUUGCUUCCCCUUCGAAUGGGAAUCCCAUCACAUCCCCCGUACUGGAUGCUUUGUCCUCCGCAGCAUUAGACCGAUCCUCUUCCCAGAGCACAAACGAAUGGGCAAAGAAUAUCCCUGCGUUUUCGAGCUCCCCCUCCAAUCUGAUAAACCUUGGGGAGGAGAGUCCUCCCGCACCGUACCUACCUUCUUCAUAUGAAGGUUGGGCAAUAAGAGAUAGAGGAGUUUCCAACGGCCAUAUUUCAUCAGCAUCCCCACCCUCAAGCCGAAGAAGACCUCUAAGCUAUCAACUUGACGGUAACUACACACAAGGCUUUGAUGAGCACCGAUCGCAAAUAUCCUCCUACGCUGCUCGUCGAAGCUCGAUGUAUUCACAACACCCCCGAUAUGCGCAACACCCUCCACUACCGCACCAACCUCAACCCCACUUCUAUGGUGUCGAUGCUAACCUGAUGCUCUCCCCUCCAACUCCCGGACUGGUUCCCGGGGAUAAAGGGUUUUACUGUGGUUUCGACAGUCUGCCAACAUCUUCACAGUCGAAAUCAACUGAGAAUGUCGUCGUGACCGGAUACGAAGGGGGUAUAAAUAUCUAUGCAGUCUCAAGGAGAGGAUUGCAUAAGACAUCCAGUAUUGAUGGGCUACGAGGUGGGGUUUACAACGCCAAAAUACUGCCGUGGAGAAUCCCGGGGACUGGCUCCAAACACGCUCCGUUGAUAGUUGCCGUUGUCCAUGGGCCAAUCUGGGCAUCCAGUGAAGUGUCAAGUGGUGAUGAUGGAACACCUCCCUCGGAAGCUAUCUCCGUAUCUCAAAAUGGCAGUGCUCGAGGAUCACCAAGAAUGCCUGGGCCGUCCAUGAAUGACAAUGACCCAAUCGAAUACUAUCAAACCUCGGUAGAGGUUUAUUCGCUUCGCACAAAACAACAUGUUGCAACUUUGCUCUCCGUUCCCAAAAUUCACCUGGCAAUUCCAACAACUAGUCCUUUGUUUGUGGCGCCACCUCCGGUCGGAGCGUUAACCAUUCGUGCAGAGAGCGGUACCAUCGUUGUAGCUUCUGGUACGACUGGAGAAACUUGGAUCUUCCGUCAAACAAUAGCCGACUCUGCUUCGUCAGAGCUGUUCAGGUGCAUUGGCAAAAUUUGGACCACCGUGCAACACGGGGUUACACUUGACCCUGUAGGCCCAAACGGUUUGGUCGAUGGUGACUGGCCAUCGACCGAUCCUAUCUCGGUGCGCAAACAAUACAAAGCCUCCAUACUGUCACUCAGUGGCCGCUGGUUAGCUUACUGCCCACCAGCACCGUCAUCACAAGUCUCCCUUCGUGCGGCUGUUCCCAGUGCCGUUUCCACGGCAAGAGUUCAUGGGUUGAAUGCUUAUGCUCCCCCGCAACUACCAGGCGUGAACUGCAUGGUUGAAACUCCUGGUGGAGAGAGCAUGAUGAAGCAAAUUGUCCAGAUAGGAACACAAAAGUUUAUUGAAGCGGGAAAUCUGGUAACGGACUGGGGGAUUCAUGCCUGGAACAACUAUAGGAACAAGUCUUCGUCAAAUCAACAGUCAAAUGGAGACCAGUACCAAGCCCACUCGAACGUCCGGACAAAUAUGGGACAGCAGUUCCCUCCUACCCAUGGGUUACCAACUCCAGCACCUCUCGUUUCGAAAGAUCCCGGCCUGAUAUCGAUUCUCGACUUGGAAUCUCUUGCUCAACACAGUUCAUCAACGGCAUCAUCCCCACAUCCCUUAGCAACGUUCAAAGUUCCUCAUGGAUGCAGCUUUUUGUCUUUUGCUCCAAGUGGCCUAGCCUUAUUUACAGCAAGUAGCAAGGGCGAUGUGCAAUCAGUUUGGGACCUGAUGCGCAUCCAAUACGCGAAGGCAUCGUUCUUGAAGGCGGGAGUUCAAGGCGGGGGGUUUCCAGGCCCUCAUGUUCGACAGAUCGCCCAAUUCUCGAGGAUGACCAUCGCUAGGAUUGUUGAUGUUGUGUGGACGUCCCCUCAUGGGGAGCGUGCGGCGAUGGUUACGGAACCAGGGACUGUUCAUAUACUUGACCUCCCAGCCAGUGCUUUCACAUGGCCUCCACAACGUCGAAGAGGUCCAGCUCAGAAGUCAGAUGACGGCGCCGGUGAAAUUGCCAAUCCACCCCUUACCGCUACUGGAUUGGCGUCGAGCGCAGUCAGUUCUCUGUGGACUGCAGCGCAACCUCUCGUGAGCCGCCGACGUCGAAGCAGCGUUGGCCUGUCUGCCAAAGCUGUAACAGCUCAGGCGGGACAUGGCACACAAGCCCUGGCUGCUGGAAUUAGUAGAUCUGUUGGAGCGGCAACAGGGAAGAUGAACGAAAUGCGCAAAUCCGGGCACACGAAGCUGUAUCUCCCUAACAGCACGGCCGUUCCCAGCAGAGCGUGCAUCUUACUACUCAAUGGGAAGAGAAACGAUUCUGUCAUGGCGGUAGCAGGUGGGAUUGUCCGGUUUUAUUCUAUCAAGAACAGAAGAGCGGAUCGCCCGGUGGACAAACAGAAAGCCUCGAGAGGCGCCAGAUACGUUGAAUAUCGUAUUCCGAAUCUACUUGAUUUCAAGUUCGCGCCAGAAAUUACGCGCGACCUGAAUCAAGUUAGUGACCUCGAGCUCACCGAAAGAGAUAUCGAGGAGUCUCGUUGGAAGACGGGACACUCGCCAUCUCCCGCGCCCCAGUUGCGUGGAACAGAAUCAUCCAUUCCUCAGGCGGAGAUCGAAUCGAAUGCUCCAUACCAGCCAUUCCAUACUGAUCGACGCGUGGGGCUGCACGUUUAUUCGCACGAGGAGGCUCCUCUGCCUUCACCUUCUGUGUCCGCUCUCCUUUCUCCGCCUGGGUUGGCAGAUGAGGUGAAAUCUUCAUCCUGCAGCAAAUCCACAGGUGCUUGGGCUUUCGGUAGACGCAUCAAAAUCACUAAACUUGAUGUAGGACCUCCACACAACCCAGAUGAUGAUGUGGACGAUUCUGCGGAUCACCGCGCACUCCCCUCGUCAGCAAUAGAACGCGUCUUGAGGGUCACGGAUAGCACCGAGGAGAUGGAGCAGAUCGUGAUUACCACAAGAAGACGUAAGGCUGUUUCACGUGCUGGCGAAAAUUCCGGAGAUGUUGACGAAGAGGGGUUCUUCGAAGAUGAUUGUGAUGUGCUUGACUUCGCCAGCCAGAGAGUGUAAUUGUCGCCUUGGAACAGGAUACGCUUCGCCACUCUCUCAUUAUACACUCUUUUUGAACAUAGCAUCGACGAUAGAAUAUGGGUGCUUUGGGGCAUCUGGUGGAGUUUGACCCUGCUUACAUGAACCUUCGAUGGCCACCUCAACGGGUCAACACGUUGAUUCUUGCUUUUGAAACGGUUUGGGUACUAUUUUUCGCAUGAGGAGUUGGCGUUGGAGCGGGUGCGACUUGGGGGGAGGGAGGGGUAGGGCAUGCAGCUACA